GCCGCUGCUAUGCUGCGGCUGGUGCGCCCGGGCCCCGGCCCGCCGCGCCUCGCGGCUCUCGCCGCCCUGUCGCCGCCGCCGCCGCCGCCGCCGCCGCGGGGCUGCGCCUCGGCCCGCCCGCGUCUCGGCCCCCUGCCGCCGCCGCCGCUCGUAGCGCUGCGGUGCGCGGCCGGCAGCGCCGCCAAGGAUGCAGGUGGACCCCCUGAGAAGGCAGCCACAAAUCCCAGUGGUGAAAACAAGAAACCCAACAAAUCCCAACAGCUCAAACAAGUUUUCAAAGAAUAUGGCGCUGUAGGGGUUUCAUUCCAUGUUGGAAUUUCAUUGAUAUCUCUAGGAAUCUUCUACCUGGCUGUGUCAAGUGGUGUGGAUAUGACUGCAGUUCUCGUCAAACUUGGUUUCAGCGAAUCGUCGUUGCAAUCUAAAAUGGCUGCUGGUACAAGCACUUUUGUGUUGGCAUAUGCUGUUCACAAACUGUUUGCUCCAGUACGAAUCAGCAUUACUGUAGUUACUGUGCCAUUUAUUGUCCGAUACUUCCGGAAGAUUGGUUUCUUCAAACCUCCUGCUCCAAAGUUGUGAUGAUCUCCUGUUGAUUUUUGCUCAGUUUUUAAAUGCUGUGUAUCCAUGUAGCUUUUCAGUUUGCCAGAUUUCUUCAGAAAAUUUACUUGGAUCAUGUCAAUGCUGACCUCCUCUUGCGUUUCUUAGUCAUUCUUUCAGGUAACUGUGACACUGUGAGAAGUGCUGUCCUUAUCUUCUGUUCCUUUUGCCACCUCUUUGUUAGAAAAACCUGUUAAAAAUCAUAUCAGAUAUUCCCUGCAAGUGAUAAUAUAAAUGCUUGACAAUGAGCAAUUUCUUUAGAACAUGUAGUUCUGUGUCUUUAUAAUCUAGACUUUUGGGCCUUAACUUUUCUCAUGUUGAAACACAGUUUCAGCACUAGUUUAGUGUUGUAUAGUCAGGAAUUAAAAUAAGAUUAAGUUUCUCCCUAAUAGUCCUGUGGAACAAACAGUAUCCUACUAUGUGAAUACUUACUUAGGUAAAUAUAAAUAUAAAUAUUAGGAUUCAAAUUUGUAUAUAUGCAUUUCUUUGCAUUUCUUUUGUUAUAAAAGGCACAUGCUGUGCCCCAGUCCUGCAAUAUUAACACAUGCCUAACUUCAGUGGGAGUAUGCAUAUGCUUAAUUCUUAAUUGUUUUUACCAGAAUAGAUGAUGCAGUGCUCUGAAAUUGUAGCUCAUUCACGGUGCUUCCAUAUUUUACGACUUUGUUGUUUGAAAAUGUGCUUUCUUUAUAGUUUAGUAACUGGUCUUACCGAAGUCUUUUUAUUUUCUCUUUUUGUUGUUUUAUUUUUAAUAUAUGUAUGCAUAGAGUCUGAAGAAAUUCUGAGACUAUUGAAAUCAGUGUAACCAGAAUUACCUCCUAUGCGAACAUAUUCCAAAGAUCAUCAAGUCAGAGGCAAGGUAUCUAUGGGCUUUAAUGUGUUGAGAUUUGUCUUUGUACUAGGGAGAUAUUUUUUAUAUGAAAACUAACCUUAGCAGCUUUCUGCUCCUGUGGCUGAAACUCAGACCUGCACCUGAAGUCCAGGCACUACAAUUCAUAGCUUCUCAAGAGCAAUUCCUGUGCUAUUGUCUGACAGUGUGUUGAAUGUAUCAGUUAGAGAUGUUUUUCAUUUUUGUAUUUGGAUAGUAUUCCUAUCAGUGUAGUUGUGCAUGCAUGUAUUCCCAUACCAUUUUUCAGCUGAUCUAAGGAUUGGAUCCCAAAACUGGGUAGUCUGCUUCACAUUGUCUAGUAAACGUGGCUGUGCUUCUCCGAGAUAAUUUGAGCCAGAUUUAAUAGUCUUUUGGAUCUGGGCCUCCCACCAGCUCUGUUCUUUUCACCCUAUCUUUGUCUGUCUUCAUGCUUCUGUCACCUACCCCAAGAUGCCUGUGACACAGGUCUGUUCAUACAGAAACUUGAUGCAACUGAAGUUGCAGAAAAUUUUACCUUAGUGGUCAAAAUAACUCUUAUUUUUUGGCAGGUUAGGGAAUGAAGGGAGACGUGGUCGGGAUGAGCGCUGGCUGUGGGAGGGAAGGAAGCGCAAUUCAUUUCUUUGUGUUAUCAGCAAGCUAUCAGUUCAGCUCAGCCCUCAUGUUAAACUGCACCCUAACUCCUCUCCCAGUCAAAACCAGCCCAAACCACGGACAGGUCUGAAGCUCUGCAAAUCCUUAGGAUCAAAGUGAACAAACUUAGUUUGUACUCUAGGAACACAAGUCAUAGCCACGUCUCUGCUGGGACCUCUCUUUUUUUGCUACUUCUUGGUUAACCAGAACUUUUUCUAUAGGACAAAAGGGGUAAAACUGAAGAGACAUCUGGUUUCCUUCCUCUCUGUCCUUUGGAAGCAGGCCGCUUUGUGAGCGUGCCUCCUAGAAACAGAGAGCCCCUCGACGAUGGCUUUGUCCUAGUUGAGUGGUGCUGCUAGCCCAGGUGAGACUUGCAGCAGUGAGCAGGUACACAGGCUAGAGACUGAUGUGCAGUGUAAGGGUAGCCAUAUGUGACAUAUGUCUAGAGAUAUAUUAUGUAGUUUAAACACCUUUCAAAGUAGCAGCCAUAGGAGUAGGGCAGGAACCAUACUGAGACUCAGCAUUGCAGCCUGGUCGGGUACCAUGAAAACAGUAGGCUGUGUCAUGCUUCUGAGAGCUUAUGUCCUGCACAACUGUUUGGCUUGUUCAUUAGAGUGUAAAGUUAAUGCCCUGCUGUUCUGUGUGCCAGUGCAUACAGGAGGAGUAGCUGUCAAGUUUAUUUUAAAUAUCUUGUUUUCAAAACAAAACGAAAAAACUAGCUUUGUCCCAUUUAGUGCCUGCUUUGCAUUAGGGCUACUGAAGCUGCUAGUGGUCAUCUUGCUGUUCUCUGAGCCUGCUAAUAAUUUGAGCCAUUUGUCCCGUGAGAAAAAGGCUUUCUGAAAUCAGAAAUUGCCUUUGAGGGAAGUUCUGCCUUUUAGCCUUGAUUUAGCUGCAAGACAAAUAAUUAUGUCUGUUACUGAGAUGGAAGUUUUUUGCUCUCUGAUGAUAAUGGAGUGUUAAUUAGGUACAGCUGUUGAAGGGUUACUAUGCUGUCAUAACAUGCAACAAACUUCUGUAGUAUUCUGUGAGAACUUCUCUUUCUAGAGAAGUGGGAGUCUUUCCUUUUUAAAGCUUCAGCUGAGCUGAAGUUUUUCUUGAGAGUGAAUUUUACUUUGGUUUUUUUCACCUGUUCACAGAAACUUUCUGUGCUCUUCUCUACAUGCCCUCUAUCUUCUCUGUGUGUUCAGGGGCACAUUCUGUUACUGAAGGAUAAUAAAUCAAUUCCAGAACAAUCAGAUGAUAGCACCCUUUUUUUCCUUAUUUGACCUGUCAUUUCUAACAAGCAUGUUUAUUACUAAAGCUGGUAAAUACAUAUAUAUAUAUCAUUCCUUCUCACUUUCCCUAAAUAAUUUGACAUAAUUAUGACAUAACUUAAAUGCAUGUGAAAGUUACUAAAAGGCACCAGCACUAAAUAGGGAUUGUCUUGCAGUAAACAAACUGAAUUUCAUUUAAAUUAUGACAAGACUUCAGAUUACGUGUUAAGUAGGUAAAUGUGAUUGUAUAAACUACUGGCUGUUUGUUUAGAUAAACUUUUUGAAUAGUUUAUUUUAAAUUAAUUUGAGAAUAUAUUUUGAAUUUCAGAAUCCUCAAAUGUAAAGGAUCACUUUUUAAAAUUAUUUGUAAAAUAGUGGAAAAGGCCUUGAAAGUCCUAUGAUAAUACA